AUGACCUUGAAAGUGGCAGUGAUAGGAGCGCAUGGACGUGUGGGACAGUUGGUGUGCGACAAAUUGCGCGAUAACGAAGCGUUCACGCCGUUGGCAGUGGUUCGGUCGCAAGAACAAGCCGAUUUUUUCGAAUCUAAGGGGAUUGUAGCGAGUCUCAAGGAUAUUGAGUCCAGCAGUGUGGCCCAGAUUGCUGACCUGGUUCGCGACUGUGACGCAGUUGUUUGGGUCGCAGGUGCCGGUGGGAAAGGCGUUGAGCGGAUUUUCACUGUGGACUUGGAUGGAGCGAUCAAAACUGUUGAAGCAUGCGAGCAAGCCUGUGUGCGUCGGUUUGUGAUGUUAUCUGCGAUUAAUGCCGAAAGCCGUGAAAACUGGUACGGUACUGCGUUGCGCAACUAUUACAUUGCAAAACGUACGGCGGAUUACGUCGUGCGUCACUCACAUUUGGAUUAUACGAUCUGGCAACCAGGUUCAUUGAUAAAUGCGAGUGGGACGGGCCGCGUGUGUGCAUUGGACGAGAUCGGAGAGAAGCGAAGCGUCCAUUAUGAGAUUACUCGCGAGGAUGUCGCUGAAGUCAUCGUUCAAGGACUGUUGUACCCACAAACGUGUUUGAAGCAGACCGUGCCACUCGCUAAUGGAGCUCUGCCGAUCGAGACGUUCUUACGGAGCUUGAAGGAACGUGACGCAGGUGCGGCCAUUGCAGGAGGCGAUUAG